UUGUUUUUUGGAACGGAAGCCGAAUUUGAAUUCAAACAAGUUGUAAUUUUAGAAAUUGUCUUUCAAUUACAAAUAUUGUUUUACAAAGUAGACUCUAGUUGUUAGUGUUGAGUUUCUAAAAACUUGAUCGACACACGAUCAGUCGAAGCACAAAUGAUGGAGUCCGAAGAAGUCCAAUCGAAGAUGCAGCGCUCGCUGCGCAAACAAAAGUACAAGCAACUGCUGGAGGCGGGGGCCGAGCUAGGACUGCGAGCGGAAACGGCUGACCCAGUCGAUACCUUCCAGGCCAUCACCCACAUCCUGGAGGCUUCGAAUGCGCUGCAGAGCGAGGGUCGCAUCAAGGAUCGGGCCGAAAAUGCUACCGAGGUGCUGAUGGACGCCCAGGUGCUCAAGAUGAGCCACGACGUGGUCCAUGCCGCGAUGAUGAAGAUGGGCAACUCGGAGUUCUCGGACGAUGAGUUCGUAGGCAUCAUCCUCUCGAGCUUCGACACCGAUCAAGGUAUCGAAAAUUGGGACAAAAUAACGCGGGAGGCUGCCUCGGUCUUCCGGAUGACCAAACACAGCCAAUCGUUGUAUGGGACCUUCGAACACGAACCGGCUGUGGUGCAGAAGGAAGCGAAACAACGCACCCAGAGGCAGCGAGCCGAUUUCGGCCAGGCCAAGAAACCGGACACCAUGGAAAAGCUGCAAAAGCAGGAAAAAGGUGCCCAGAAGUUGUCGCUCAUCUUUAACCAGAUCAUGCGGAUAUACGAGCAGCGCAAGAAACCCAUUCCCUACUACGAGCUCAUUAUCGAUCCGGAAGAUUUCAUGAACACCGUAGACAAUGCGUUCCAGAUUUCGUUUUUGCUGCGAGACGGGCGAGUGGCGCUGGAGCAGGACGAAAAUUAUGAUCCAAUUUUGAGGCCCACGAAUCAGCGCGAGAUUGAGCAAAGCCAGCGGGUGAACGAAUCGACCCAAGCGAUUCUGGGGCUGAAUCCGAGAAAGUGGCGGGAAAUGCAAGAACGCUACCAGGUGGCCGAGCCGCUGUUAAUAUUGAACCGCGAGGAACUGGAUCGAACUCAGUCCCAGACUCAGCAGAAGUAACAACGAUUGUGCUACCACAAUCAUUCGUUUGACCCGAUUGGUCUCCUAUUUACGAUAAAAUCUGUUCCCAUUCCAUCGACCAAACGAGGAAACGGAAAACCUUAUCCUGUUUCUGUACAAACAUAAGUUGAUAAUCUUAAGUUAUGUCUUAAAAAACCUUUGCGGUUUUAUCGAUUGAACUGCUAAGUUCGAAGGCAUUUCGGACUGUCUCGUGUAAUAAACGAACCGAACAACGGUUAUAAGACUUUUAA